AUGAUGAAGGGCAAGCAUGUCAUUUCCAAUUCUAGUGAGAAAAAAAUUCCAAAGAAAAAAAAAGACAGUGAAAAAACUGAACAUGGACGAAAAGAACAUUUAAAAAAAAAAAAUGAUAUGAGUAAAAAAAAACUCGAAACUGACAGUAAAAACAAAUUGGAAAAAGUAGACUCCAAAAGUAAAAACGAACUUGAUGUGAAAAACAAAUGUGAAAGAGAUAAUGAUGAAAAAAAAAAAACAAAUGAAACAAAAAAAAAAAACGAAAAUGACACGAAAGUGAAAGGUGCAAGUGCCGAUAAAAAGCAACACACUUUAAAGAAUAGAACCCUGUCCGACCUAGGCGUGGUACACAAGGAAACGGAAAACUUUGCCGAUGCCAAGGCACACCCGAAAAACGCUAAUUUGUUAAUAAGUGCCGUAAACGUAGAGCUAGAAAAAAAUGUCAAAAGUUUUCUGGGGAUAGACUUAUGCAAGGACUUCAGUACCCUUAUUUUUAAGAACUCGCAAGCUUCCUGCAUAAAUAAAAACUACUUCUUCUCCCUCGCGCAAAAGUACCUGACCACUGACCAGUUGCUUUCAAUCAAGAAUGCCUUAAUAAAAUACAAACUGGACGACGUAUUAAUUUUCAAAGAUUCGAAAAAAUACUACAAAGGAAAUCACGCCGUCAUUGUCGACGAGGAGAUAUUUUCCUACUUCCUACAAAAGGGCAAACGCCCGUCCGACCCGUCAGCAGACCAAAAUGGAGCGGACAAACAGGAGCUAAGCUGCGUCUUCAUAAAGCCCCGAAAUUACCUUUCGCUGUACAAGCAACAAAUUGAACAGGAAAUAAAAUCAACCAGAAUCACAGAAAAUAGGAAGAAAUUCAAAAAGUGUCUCUAUAUCAGCAAAAGGAAGAAAGUAGGAGCCGAGGUACAGUUUACUCAGUACGAUCAUUUCAUACCCAUCAAGGGAAACGAACUGACCACUUCAAUAGUGAAGGCGAAAACGUUAGAUUUUUUCUCAAACAAUUCCAUCAUCCAUGAGGAAAAAAAUUGCCAGACGUACAAGGCAGUGUACAAAAAUUUAGGAGUUCAGUACAACAUCGACUUUUUAAAGAAAAAAAAAGAAGAAAUAUUCAGAUCCAAUAAGCUGCAGAAAUUUCUUCAUAAGCUUUUCCCCGUCAUGCAAAAAUGCCUAAUUGAAAAUAGCCUAAUUACGGAAACGAAUGGACAACCCAAUUCUCAAAACAUAGAUAUACUGUCCUUUAAGCAUGCCAAAAAAUUAAACAAAAUAUUUAUAUACACAGAUGUGAAAUAUACAACAGAUAAAGUAGUCUUGUUCACGCUGUACUUGUCCUUAAUAAACUACCUCAUCUUUAUAAUAUAUGUGAAUAAUUACAAAAACGACAAUUUUAUCGAAGGAGUCAACACGGACAGCUACAUCCUCAUUUGGUCCUACUCCAACUACAUAAACCCACUUUACGCUUUGAUAUCUCCCUACCAAAUUUCCAGUGCGGUUGUAAACGGAAAGGGCUACGAUGUCGUCAUUGCUGGAUGUAGCAACGGACUGCUAGUCGUUUGGAAGCUCCCCCCCAAUUUUCAAGGAAAACCCCUUUUAGAUUCCAAAAUAAAUGAAAAAACGGUCGACAUAGAACCCUAUAUAUUUAGCAGCAUAGAGCACUCACACAAAAGGGAAGUGACAUGUCUUCUACUUCUGAAUGACAAAACCUUAGUGAUAUGCGAAAAAAAAAUAUCUAUUAACAAUCAGAAGAAUUUCCAUUUGUUGAUCUCCAUCUCGGUCGAUGGGACGAUACUCCUUUGGGACGCCACAAACAUAGAAAUAAUCGAAGUAAAAGUUAGCGCAAAGAAGAAAGAAAAAGAGUUAGUUGAUGACCUAUACAGCUUCAAGCCUCUGUUCAAAAUAAAUUCUACCAGACCCAACACAGAGUACUCAUUAGGCUUCACCUACUUCCAUUUUGUGGAAUUAAAUUGCAACGUGUCCUCUUUCUUUGCCUUUUCGGAAGAAGGAGAAUACGUAGUUGGAAACAUAUACGGGUGCAUGCAAAAGGAAAAAAAUUAUUCUAUUAUAAACAAAAUAAACGAUGACUACAAAAGCUUCAAGACACUCAUAUGUGUAAAAAGAAACAACAUCAUAAAAAAUUUGAUUCUAACCUUAACUGAUACGAAUUUUUCCCUGUGGAAAGAAAAUGAGGAGCACCCCCUGUAUGUAUCACCAAAAAGCAACGAAAUAUACUCCUGUUGCGAAUUCAGUCAGACCAAAAUAAGCGUCAUAUUCGUGGGGAAAAUAAAUGGACACAUAGAAAUAUGGAAUUUGAUGGAGCAAAAAAAUCACUGCUUGUACUCCUUAUCGAUCAGCAGCUACAGCUUGACAUGUAUUAGCAUUUUCCAAAAUUGUGACACUAGCAUACUUAGUACCGUGGAAAAAGAAAAUGUCCAAAAGGAUCUGAAUGACGACUUGUCCGGCGAAAAUUCGGAUACAUUUGUAGACACGAACGAGUAUUUGAUGAGUAAAAAUGAAGAUGACGUGUACAAGUAUUCAUACAACAAGAUUAUCAUUGGCGACUCCAGUGGUUGCGUCUUUGUUUACGAAAUGGAAGAGAAUCUGCUGAACUCGACCAAGGAAGAGAUCGACGAAUUUUUGCUAUGGGUUGAAAACAAGAUAUACGUGAACAAGGAGAAAGUAAAGAGGCAGUUCCAGCUGUGCGAGGUCAGUGUCGCGGUGGAGCAGCAAAGGGGAGCAACGGCGACAUCGCUUUGCCAUUUUUUUUAA